AUGAGCUAUUACGUUCCAGAUGAAAAAAGCUGGCCAUCUGAAGGCUCUUCUGCUCGUAAUAAAGAGGAAAUUGCACAGGUUCUCAAGCCUUGGCUUUCAUCAGGGUCCCAGAAAGUCUUUGAGGUGGCGUCAGGUUUUGGCGAGCAUGCCUUGACAAUUGCUAAAGCAUAUCCCAAUGUCAUUAUGACACCAACCGAGGCACAGGAUGUUCUUGUAGAGAAAAUGGUACAAAAAUUUAUAAGCCAACAGCUGAUUAACAUCACCACGCCAUUUCUCUUUAAUCUAGAUAAUGACAUAGAUGUGGCUAGCUUUUUAGAGCAACGCUCUAAUGUUGACCAAGCACUGUACACUGGAGUUUUAGCCAUCAAUCUCAUUCAUAUCUCACCUAAACGCAUCAUUGAAAAACUUUUUGCCUUUGCAGAAGCGAUUCUUUUAAAAGGGUCCACUCCAGAAACACCAAAAUGGGUUGCUCUUUAUGGGGCAUAUAAAAAGAACGCCACUCAGUUUUAUUCAGAAUCUGACAAAAGGUUUGAAGAAUCACUUAAGCAGCGCAAUGAUGAGUGGGGACUUCGACAUUUAGAAACAGAAGUAAUACCAAUAGCAGCAGCGCAUGGGUUUAUAACGCCACCACAAGUGUUUCAAAUGAAUAAGGGAAACUUCACCAUAGUCUUUACACGGGACUAA